GCCAACCGCAGUUAAACCGCAUCGAAGUAGAAGAAGAACAACACAAUGACAGUGCUGAUGCAGCAGUCUCGUAUUAGCUUUUGACCAAAGCUAACGUCCCGUCCAUCAGAAGUUCCUCCCUGCGCUAAGGUCAUUUCAUUCGGGAACUACCCGGCAUCAGCAGAGUGAGGUGAAGAUCGGAACGAGGAACACAGCAGAGCAGGUGCAAGUAAAACAUCAAAAUGUCGCUGUCAAAUAAACUCACCCUGGACAAGGUGGACGUAAAUGGGAAGCGCGUGAUCAUGAGGGUUGAUUUCAAUGUGCCCAUGAAGGACCAAAAAAUCACAAACAACCAGAGGAUCAAGGCUGCUGUCCCCACCAUCAAGCACUGUCUGGAUCAUGGGGCCAAGGCCGUGGUGCUGAUGAGCCACUUGGGUCGUCCUGAUGGGAACCCCAUGCCUGACAAAUUCUCCCUGGAGCCCGUGGCCGCCGAGCUCAAGAGCCUGCUGGGCAAGGACGUGCACUUCCUGAAGGACUGUGUGGGUCCCGAUGUAGAGCAGGCCUGCGCAGACCCCGCAGAGGGUUCCGUCAUUCUCCUGGAGAACCUGAGAUUCCACGUCGCUGAGGAGGGCAAGGGCAAGGACACCUCCGGAAACAAGACCAAAGCAACCCAGGAGCAGAUUGAUUCCUUCAGAGCCUCUCUGUCUAAACUGGGAGAUGUCUACGUCAAUGAUGCCUUUGGCACAGCACACAGAGCCCACAGCUCCAUGGUUGGAGUGAACCUGUCCCAGAAGGCUGCAGGUUUCCUGAUGAAGAAGGAGCUGGACUACUUUGCCAUGGCUCUGGAGAAACCAGCCAGGCCCUUUCUGGCCAUUCUCGGAGGAGCCAAGGUCAAGGACAAGAUUCAACUGAUCAACAACAUGUUGGACCAGGUCAAUGAGAUGAUCAUCGGUGGUGGCAUGGCCUUCACCUUCCUCAAUGUCCUCAACAACAUGGAGAUCGGCACCUCCCUGUAUGAUGAGGAGGGCGCCAAGAUCGUCAAAGAGCUGAUGGCCAAGGCUGAGAAGAACAAUGUCAAGAUCAACCUACCCGUUGACUUCAUCACCGCCGAGAAGUUUGACGAGCAUGCCCAGACUGGCAACGCCACUGUGGCUGCUGGCAUCCCCGCAGGCUGGAUGGGUCUGGACUGUGGACCCGAGAGCAACAAGCUCUUCGCAGAGGCUGUAGGCAGAGCCAAGCAGAUUGUGUGGAACGGCCCCGUUGGUGUGUUUGAGUUUGAGAACUUUGCCAAAGGAACCAAGAGCCUGAUGGACAAAGUGGUGGAGGUCACCAACUCAGGCUGCGUCACAAUCAUCGGUGGAGGUGACACAGCUACCUGCUGCGCCAAAUGGGGCACAGAGGAUAAGGUCAGCCAUGUCAGCACAGGAGGCGGAGCCAGUCUGGAGCUUCUGGAGGGUAAAGUGUUGCCCGGUGUGGAUGCCCUCAGCAGCGCCUAAGCCCCAUCCCCAUCACCUAGGAGAGGUGGGAGUGAAGACAAACACACCCGCCUGAGUUUGGACACCCACCCAGCCCCCAAGGCAAAGUGCUCCCUAAGUUUCCCACCUGCGCUUGUCUAGCACCACCCCUGCUCUCUAGUCUACUACUGUCCAGACUGCUGACACAAACUGCAAUAUCUCUCUCGCUGCUACACGUGCCCAACAUCUGCCAUUAGCAGUUUCCACACUGAGGAAGUGGAGGUGUUCUCAGCAGAAACCACCCUCACUCCCUCAUAUGCACUUAUGUUCCUUCGAGCUGUGUUUUUCAGAGACCAGUCAACUGCAGCUACAACUGUUGUCAUCAUACAGAAAUGUGGGAAUUUGUCAUCUAUAUCGCCUGUGUAAAAGAGUGCUUGCUUGUGUUUGUUUGUAUUACUCUUAUAUAGCCAGCCAGCCCAGGGAGUUUUUACAACCCUUCAAGCGUAAAAAUGUGCUGUAACUCUAUCUAGACCUUUAUAUUUGUUUUCACACAAAUGUCUCUGUGUCAGUUGCCCCCAUUGUCUCAACCAUGUUUCUCCCCCCUGUUAUGUCAUCCAUCCUAUGAUCCUGUGGCUUGUAAGAUGGUUGUUACCCAGUGGUGGUUUCAGGGGUCGAGCUACUGCAAAUCAUGUGACCUGAACAGACCCUCACAGAAUAAAACAGUUGGUGUAAAAUAAAAAAAAGUGACUAUUUA